AUGGGUCUGAUUGGAAACAUCGCUAGUUCUCCUUACAUGGUAAUUUGGUACAUAGUUUGGUUCAUGGCAAGCAUAUUCCGCCCUGCCAUUUUGGCAACGAUUGUGUGCAUGGCCACCAAUCCCAAGGCUGCUCAAGAAAAGAUUAGACUGUUCGUUUUGACCUUUCAAUUUUGGGCCUUGUCGAAAGACAAAAAGUUCAAAAAGCCUCCUCAUGAUCCGGCAUCCUUUUUCAUUGAAGGCGAGGAUGAGGACAAGAUUGAAAAGAAAACCAUCAUCUUUCUUCGUCACGGAGAAUCUACCUGGAAUGAUACCUUUAACAAGGGUGACCGCAAGAUGGGAACCUUCUUGAUUGGGUUCAUCCCAGGACUUAUUAGAUCUUUGGGAACUGAAUGGUACUUUUUGCUGGCCGGCAAGUCGGACGAAAGUUGGUUCUAUGACUCGCCUUUGUCCAAGAAGGGAAUUUCUCAGGCGGAAGGUGUCGCAAAGUUCUUGAAGGAAACAAAGACAGAGUUUAGUACACCAAAGGAAGCCAAGCUCAUCAAGCUAAUGAAGGGUGAAAGUGAUGAAAAGAUGCAACUCACUUCGUCGAACUUGCGACGAGCCAUUUCCACGAUCGCCAUUGCGCUGCAAGACUUGUUGGAUAAAAAUCGCGAUCAAAAGAUCAAGAUCUUGACCGAGCUCCAAGAAGCCAGUGUCAACCCUGAUGCUCAAUCAAUUCACAAAGCCAAGUCAGCCUUGGUGACUUCCUGGAUCGAUUCGGACCGGGUCAAGGAAAUCUACAACACACAAUGUGACACAAGCUUGAACAUGGGCAACAAGUCCAUCAAGAGUAAUGGUUUGAUUCGUAUGGAAGCAUUUUGCGAUAUGGUCUUUGACAAGAUGGAUGCCCCCAAUGUCCUUGCUACUGGUCACUCGUAUUGGUUCCGUGCCUUUUUCCAGACCUAUCUGCCAUGGGAGUUUGAGCACAUUUCCAAAAAGAAAAAGUUGGUCAACGGAGGUGUUGCUGGCUUUACGUUGAUGCGCAAGAAGACCGACUCGGGAUACAAGUACAUGAUUGACAAGAACAGUGUUGUCACUCUGUAUGGAGGCUUCUAA